UUUUCUAGCCAUCCCACUGUAAUCCGUGGGCCGUCCUUCUAUCACAUGCCCUACUCACACAAACACAAGCCCUCCCUUAACCCCCAAAUCACACACACGUGUGGGCAUCCCGCAAUACUUAUACGUGCAGCGCUAAGUGGAAGUGUAGGAAAGUGGUGUCACCAGUUUCCAUCCUGUGACCUGAACUGUCCCAAUCAUCAGAUCCCAUAGCAGUGUCAUUGAUCGGCGGCUGAGUGUUCUGUGUCUAGUGAAAGCCCCCCGUGCUCAGUCCAUACAUACAGAUCCCCCCGAUCUCCUCCUCUCCCUUCUCUGGCAGCAGCAGGACGUCCGGUGCGGCGGCGGCAGCGGCUCCUCGCGUGGAUCCCUCAAGGUGCAGCAGAGAGAGCACAUCGCUGGGCUGUGAGGACUCAGUCACCAUGAGCUCAAGGGAAAGUGCCCGCCAAUCCACCUCCGUGGAGCAGCCUGCAUCCCCCGAAGAGUCACCGAAGAGGGCACGAGGGAGACCCCGGAAACCGCAAAAAGAGCCAGCAACUGGAGAGCCUUCUCCUAAAAGACCCAGAGGAAGACCUAAGGGGAGCAAAAACAAAGGUCCUUCAAAAUCUGCACAAAAGAAAGAAGAGGGUAGUGGCGAAAAACGUCCAAGAGGACGCCCCAGAAAAUGGCCACAACAAGAGAAAAAAUCUAGUCAGAAGUGGAAGGCUAGGUAGACAUUUAAGCAAGUAAAAAGAAAGAAACUGAAGAGGCCUCCUCACACGAAUCUGAAGAGGACUAGACAACCGCCAACAUGAAUUUCUACCUCAGACAGCAGUUUUUCUUAGAUUCAGAUUCAGUCCCUUCAACUUUUCUGGAUCUUGGAAAUAAAAAGACGCUGCUUUGACCACUUAAUUUGUACUACCCCCAUCUCUCCACUUGUUGCCUAUUAGGCAGAAUUCAAAAAUGAUUCAACCUCUCCAAAAACGUCUUCAUUACUUUAUUUCUAAUCCUUUUCACUGUCCCAGGUUUAGUUCUAAAAUACUGCUGUAAGACAGGGGAUACAGAUAAAUGCUGUUUUUAUCUUUAACUUACUAAUUAAUAACGCUGUUGAGAAAAGAUGUGUGGGUCAAACAUUCUUGAAUCAGGUUUUAGUCAUUGUCACUCACUGCACUGCAUACACAUAAGGACAAAAUGGGCAUUGAAAUGGGCAAAGCUUGGUGUGCAAAGAUGAGUAUUUCACACCAGCUAAAACCCAAACUUGACAAAACUCCCUUAGAACACCAAAGAUGAGGGAUUUUUUUCCCCCAAAGCUUCUUGUAGAUCUUUACUUUUUGCUUAGUAGCUUCAUAUGUUUCUGUAAGGAAGCAACAUGCGUAAAACCUGUGUUUCUAAACAAAAUGGUCCUACCAUAUGGUUUAUGACAAAAAAAACGUCAUUACAUAUUCAGUACAAGCUGAAAAAUUAUAAUUUACCCUAAUGGCCAUUUUUCAUUAAAAAGAAAUGGGCAAAAAAAGGAUCCUUGAGCAGUCAUAUACUUUUGUUGUUGGGCUUGAACCUCAUAAAGGUUUUGUCAUUUUAAUACUAAAGGCGCUUUAAUGCUUGCGAGGUAUCAAUUUUUGAAGGGAAUGGGCACAGAUAUUUUUCUAAAUAUAUUUGAGUGUUUAUAUCUUAUAAAUUCCAAUAUUAGGGUUAUUUAAUGGCCACAAAAUACAAUGAUUGCUCAUAUUUAGAAUUUUUAGAGUUCAGGAUUCUCUGAUUUUUAAUAUACAUGUUCUUCAUAAUACAUCACUAUAAUGGAAACCAAAGUGCAAAUUUCAGCACUCCACACAACUGUUGACACUUGUUGCCAAGUAUGACCUUGAAAAUGUUGUUAUAAGUAUCCUAUUUACUAUCUGAAAAUCGUGUUAUAAGUAUCCAACUUACUAUCUUUGUUUUAGUAUAUUGGCGCGAGAUUGUUUUUUUUUCUUUUUUACAAUUUAACCACCUUUACUAAUAUCCAUCACAUUACAAUUAGCUAUACAAAAUCCCUCACCUUGCCAAGCAUUAUGGGUGUAGCGUUCUGCAGAUAAGGUAGAGGGACUAUUAAUUUGUCUUUUAAAAAGACAAUGCAUUUACAUGUUUAUUUCUGGUUCAUCAAGUAGGUCUCCGAUAAGCAGUACGAAUCAGAAAAUUGAGAAUAAGCUAUGCUGAUGAAUUUACUUAUCUUGGAAGGCAGGGUGGGUGAGGGCAACACAACCAGGUUUAUUUAUCAAUGUUUUCCGCCCAGGAUUCAAACAUUUUUUUUCUAAUUAAAAGGAUGAUAAAGCUGUGAAUUUUAGGUGAAAACAUUUAUAAAUAGACCAAAAAGUCUUAUGCUAUCUUUUUAUGGCUCUGACUGGUGAUAUAAGGAUUGGUCUUCCUGUAACACUAAUUGAAUGUUUCCAAACACAUAACAUUUGAAAGCCUAUUGGUUAAGAAAAAAAAGAUCUUUUGAAUUUGCCCUACUAAAAGGAGACUCGUUUGUCCCGUUGUUAUAGAUUAAGCAGAAUUCUGUAGGAACAAAUUGGGAGAUGUUGUUAUUUUUUGUUUAUGGUUGAAAAUGCUUGAAUAAUAGACUACAAUAUACAGGUAAAAUUGCUUAGUAAAUCUGCAAUUCUACCAAGAUCUGGACCUCAGCAAAGCUAAUAACACAGCAGAAGCUUUACUUAUUUUAUAUGUUGACCAUUAAUGUUUGGUUAAAUAAGUCUUAAAUCUUGUUGUAAUGAUCACUUAAAGCAGAACUAAACUCUACGUUCCCUUACAGCCAUGGAAGCUGCUGUCCUAGCCCUUGCUGCUAUGGUGCUGCACUCAUGAUCAGCUAUGAUACCAGCCAUUUGAGAGCUGACAUAAGUACACUAGUAACUACAACAGUUAUCAUUCAAGGCAUGCCUUAGAUAUAACUGUUUUGGGAAACUGUUUAAUUGGGGGUUUAGUUCCCCUUUAAAUGAGAUUUCAACCUCCAGUGUCUUGGUCCACUGGUGGAAUGUAAUUUAAUAUCUUUUGGCUGUGAAAUAUUCAAAUUUAACCCUCUGAAUUACUCCAUGAAAUUAAUAAUUCAGAAGGUGAGGUUUCUACCUAGUUUAUUGAAUCUCUGUGCAACAGUAAAAGAAGCCUCAGAAAGAACCAAGGGGGGAGUAUUAUGCCUCACAGGUUUUAUAGCAUGAAACCCCUUAAGUGAAUAACAUGUCUUUGUUAACCUUCUGGAAAAAAAUUUAAAAUGCAAACUGAAUCGUCUUUAACCAAAAGUACUGCAAAUGCGUGCAUCAUUUUUAGUAAAGAUUCUUUCUUUUUUGACAAACAUCCAAGAUGACAAAAGGAAACCCCAUACAACAAUUUAGUAAGUUAUGUAUUUUCAUAAUUUAGUCCAAUGUAAAAAUGUAUGGUUUAACUUUCAGGGUCAUGUAUUAAAAAGGAUGUGCCUAUCACAUGCCGAUGCUUGGCAAGCAACAUUUAUACCCUUCACUUCUCAUGACUACCUCUGAAUUUUACAGAUCCCUACAGCCUAAAGACUUAAUGCUGCUAUACUCUGCUAUACAUUACAGAAAAUGUUAAUAGUACAGUUAGUUAUCCCUUUUUAUCAGUUUGUCUACCUAAACACCUUAAUACAGUUAUGCAAAAAAUCUUUGUUUAGCAAUAACAUUUUGUUCCUUUCAACUUCGUAUUUGGAUCUCUGUAUAUUGAACUGUUAACUUGAAUAUAUUUUUGUACUGAAUUCUUUUUAAGGUUUUUAAGGAGAAUAUUUCUGAUUUUACACAAUACAAAUGUUAAGCCUUUUGUUGAAAUAUUACUGUCCAUAUAUUUACCUCAGAUUUGUAUUGUUAAAAGAGAAUGGACUCAUUUACAAAAACAACAGUACCUCCAGACAUCAGAUACUAUUAAAAUAUUCAUACUUUUAGGACUGCAAUUUUUCCCUCACCAUUGUAUUUCUGUAGGACUUCAUACGAAGUAAAUACACAUAUAGGUCUGUGUUUAUUGCAAUGGAACCCAGACUAAAUAAAAUGUUAUCCCUGCUGGAGAAAUUUCUGCAACAGUGCAGGGUUUCAUUAUGUCACAUAGCUUUAAUUGUGCUACGUUGAUUGACUGAGACCCACUGGAGGUCUAAAAUAGGGCAAAAAAAAAACACACACCUUGCCCAUGGAGAUCACUGUUGGGCCUCCUUUUUAUUUACUGUUCACAAUGCAAUGCAACUGCACUGCUGGCAAACAAAUUCCACUUUAGUCUGACUUUUGAAAAUAAGCCUCAUUUAAUGUCACUGGUUGCACUGCAAUACUAGGUUUCACCACCUUGAUGGUUAAAAUUAGGGUGGGUGAGCUCUUCAGAGGGGGGCCUCCAGCAAAAUAAAAAUGUUGCUUCACCCUGUAGAAUUCCUACUACUUUUCAGUUACUAUGAGUUGAGAACAAUGUAAUUUCAUAGCACUCAUAAGCAUGGACCUCAAUGCCUUCUAACAAAAACCUUCAAAGAAACUUGAAGCUUUGUAGGCGGGAAGAUGCAAGCUUUGCUUUUGCAUAAUGCAAUCAUAAGUAUGUGUUUAAUGUAGUGGAUUGAAUUGUAUUUUCAUGUAUUUUACACAAAUGUGAUUUUCUUUUAUAUUGAGUUGCAUUAAGAUGUAUUUUGAGUUCUCAAGUAGAAUUUUAUUCUCUGUUUAGCCAGUAUUUACAAGUUCUUAACAUUGUAUUAAUAACUGGGCCAGAGAGAGAGUUCCUUGGGGGUGCUUAUAAGUGCCUGGUUUGGUAAACAUGGACACAAAUAAAGCUGUAUUGCAUGUGACAGAA